GUCAUAUUUAUUGAUAAAUUAAAGCGAUUCAAAGCAACAACUCGACUAGCAUUACUACAUUUCCCAGAAUGCUAUGCGCGGUGUAACUUUUAACCUCUGGAUCAAAACAAGCCGAUCAGCUGAUGAAACUGGGAACAACAUCUAAUGAAAUCUAGCUGUCGGACAGCGAAAUUAUCUUAACAAGCUAUACAUAAUAACGGCGUGUUUGUGCUGAAUUAAGUUGCACUGUAUGCUUUGUUGUCUAUUAAAAUAUUAUUGCGUAUUUCUGUGUAGAAGCAACGGUUUAGGUUACGAAACAGCCGUCGUCCGCCGGGAAAACAAUCUAGCUGGCGGUUCUUGGCGACGAGGUCCGUCUGUUUGGUUCGACGAAGGAUUUUGUUGAUGGUUUGGUGCUUGAGAAAUUGGUCAUUUGAGUUGAUGUAGAGUAACUGAAAAAUACGCAAGUGUCAUCUUUUGUUAUAAGCGGAUUUGGUGAGGUUUUUACACAGUCACCAUUGCCUAUUUCUGCUGUCAAAUUGGCUUAGCGAACCACAACCGCUAACCGUACAGUAGGCUAACUAGCAGUAGCACGAUAACUACUAUGUUAUUACUGAUUGACAGCUAACGAUGACUUGCACAUGGGGUUUGUAAGCUAGCUGCAUGUCUGGACAUGUAUGUAGGAAGUCGUUGUCGUGAUUGUUUUGCUGACAGACAGGCACCUCUGUAGAGUACUUUGAUGACAUAUGGCUAUGUCAAAGUGACCUAUCACAGUUCAUAUUAAAUGCCCAUCUGCUAAGUGUUUUGGGGAGUAUAGAAGAGACACCACUACCAGAAGAAGAAAAAAACACACAAUGCGCUAGAGAAGAAUACAUUUUAACACUAUAGAAUAUAAACAUAUUUCCCAGCAGUUUGGUUUCGCAGUGCAGUUUUAGACUCAUCGGGCACUUGUUAGCAGUAGCAUACUGAAGUGAUCAUUAUGAGUGGUCAAGGUCCGUCGGUAGAUAAGGGGAUGAACACCAUCCUGGUGUGUCAGGAGAGCUACGCCUGCGGUGGCUCAGACGAGGCCGCCUUCGAAUGCGACGAGUGCGGCAGCCUGCAGUGCGUCCGCUGCGAGCUGGAGCUCCAUCGUCAGGAACGCAUGAGGAACCACGACCGUGUCCGCAUCGCCCCGGGACACGUUCCAUUCUGUGACUCUUGUAAGGGCGACAGCAGCGGUUGUGGGGUGAACGGGGGCAGGCUGAGGGCGGUGGUGCGCUGCCAGGGCUGUAAGAUCAACCUGUGUCUGGAUUGCCAGAAGCGGACCCAUAGCGGGGUAAACAAGAGGAAGCACCCCGUGACUCCCUACCCUCCUCCGGGUCAAGUCCAGGAUAGUAGCCUGGAGGCUGGGGAUGGAGGGGAGAUGGAGGCCCUCAAGGCAAAACUGGAGAAGGUGUGCAGCUUCUUAUUGGUGGAUGCGAAGGAGGAGAUGCAGUUGAAGGACGAGGAAGACUUUGUGAGCCGGCUGGACUGUAGGCCAGAGGAACUCCUCAAGGUCGUGUCUAUCUUCGGGAACACAGGGGAGGGGAAGUCCCACACCCUGAAUCACACUUUCUUCCAGGGGCGAGAAGUGUUCCAGACGUCCCCCACUCAGGAGUCAUGCACCGUGGGGGUCUGGGCUGCCAUGGACCCCAUUCACAGGGUGGUGGUGAUCGACACAGAGGGACUGCUGGGGGCAGGAUCCAAUCAGGGCCAGCGCACCCGGCUGCUCCUCAAAGUCCUAGCCGUCUCCGACCUCAUCAUCUACCGUACCCACGCCGACCGUCUCCACGACGACCUGUUCAAGUUCCUAGGCGACGCGUCGGACGCCUAUCUGAAGCACUUCACCAGGGAGCUGAAGGCCACUACGGCCCGCUGUGGCCUGGACGUCCCUCUGUCCACUCUGGGACCAGCUGUUAUUAUCUUCCAUGAGACCGUUCACACCAAGCUACUGGGCUCAGACAACCCAUCAGAGUCUGCAGAGCGUCUGCUCCAGGAGCGUUUCAGGAAGCUGGGUCUUUUCCCCGAGGCCUUCAGCUCCAUCCAGUACCGUGGGACUCGAACCUACAACCCCCCGACAGACUUCAGUGGUCUGCUGCGGAGCCUGGAGCAACAGUUAGAUAACAACACUACCCGCUCACCACGUUCUGCAAACGUCAUAUACAGAGCCCUGCAGGCUCUGAGUGAGCGUUUCAGUGGGGAUAUCCCAGAAGAGCACCUGGCCAGUAACUCUUUCUUCCCUGAUGAGUACUUCACCUGUUCCAGUAUCUGUCUCAGCUGUGGGUCUGGCUGUAUGAACAGUAUGAACCAUCUGAAGGAGGAAGUGGACCACGAGGCUACACACCGCUGUCGCUACUCUGCUCAAUACGACAACCGCAUCUACACCUGUAAAGCGUGCUAUGAGGGAGGGAAGGAGGUGAUUGUGAUUCCCAAGACGACAGCCUCCUCUGACUCUCCCUGGUUUGGUCUGGCCACGUACGCCUGGUCUGGGUAUGUGAUAGAGUGUCCCAACUGUGGAGUGAUCUACAGAAGCAGGCAGUACUGGUACGGGAACCAGGACCCAGUGGACACAGUGGUCAGGACUGAAAUACAACACAUCUGGCCUGGGUCGGAUGGUUUUCUGAAGGACAACAACAAUGCAGCUCAGAGACUGUUGGACGGUGUGAACUACAUCUCCCAGAGUGUGUCAGAGCUCAGUGUGAAACCUGCCAAAGCUGUCACUUCCUGGCUCACCGACCAGAUCGCUCCGGCCUACUGGAAACCCAACUCCCUCAUCCUGAAAUGUUCUAAAUGCAGUGAGGUGUUCCAGGACAACGAUACUAAGCAUCACUGCCGUGCCUGUGGAGAGGGCUUCUGUGACAGCUGCUCCUCCAAGAACCGUCCUGUUCCAGAGAGGGGCUGGGGGCUCGCACCCGUACGGGUCUGUGAUGCCUGCUUCCAGAACCGGGGCAUCUCAGAAGAGCUGCUGGAUGCAGCGUUGGAGGAGGAGGAAGGAGGGACACUCAGUAGGAGAGUAGGAGAGGCUGUUCAGAAUACACUGGGAGCUGUGGUCACCGCUACAUACAUCCCUCUGGGUCUGAUGAAGGACGCAGCUCGUCCAGCCUACUGGGUUCCAGACCAGGAUAUCCGUUGCUGCUGUGAGUGUCAGAGAGACUUCUCUGCUCCGCGUCUCUCCAUCCACCACUGCAGGGCCUGCGGCCAGGGCGUGUGUGACGACUGCUCCCCUGAACGUAGAGCGGUGCCCUCUAGGGGUUGGGACCACCCAGUGCGUGUCUGCAACACCUGCCACCAGAAACCUGGGGACCUCUAGUAGGAGAGAGGGAACACAUUGGCACCCUAUUCAAAAGUAGGGCACUAUAUAUGGACUAGGGCGCCAUAUGGGACGCAAUCAGAGAGACAGUCGAGGGUUGUGUUCAUUAGGCUCGAAAUGGAAGAAAAUGCUCCAAAACAGGGAGGGACUAUCUGUACUUGUCCAAUAAGAAAGUCAAUUUUUUUUUUUUUGCUACGGUGUGUCCUAAUGAACACGACCCAGGUUCCACCUAAUGCUGUGGAACUGGAACUCCCGUCUCUCUGUGGCUCAGGCCAGGGAGUUCUUGCUGUUCGUUGUGAUGUCAUCCAUCCUAAAGCCUUGGGACGUCACUUUAUCCUUUGACGAGAGGGAGAGAUAGGUUCCUUGGCUUAAAGAAGAAGCUCAUUCCACGUUUUAAGAUGAUUAGCCUAAAUAACUACCAACCUGUAUAAUAAUCUUGGACGCUGGGUGGUUGUAUAUGUACUUUUGAACAGCGUGGACAGACGAUAAUAGAAUAGCAUUAAUUCCUAAUCGACUGUAUUUAUUUUAUAUACAGUACCAGUCAAAGGUUUGGACACACCUACUCAUUCAAGGGUUUUUCUUUGUUUUUUACUAUUUUCUACAUUGUAGAAUAAUAGUGAAGACAUCAAAACUAUGAAAUUACACCUAUGGAAUCAUGUAGUAACCAAAAAAGUGUUCAACAAAUCAAGCAUUCCAGGUGAAGCUGGUUGAGAGAAUGCCAAGAGAGUGCAAAGCUGUCAAGGCAAAGGGUGAAGGAAGAAUGUAAAAUAUAUUUUUGAUUUAACACUUUGUUUUGGUUACUACAUAUGUGUUAUUUCAUAGUUUUGAUGUCUUCUAUUAUUCUACAAUGUAGAAAAUAGUAAAAAUAAUGAAAAACCCUGGAAUGAGUAGGUGUCCAACCUUUUGACAGGUACUGUAUAAUCACAUGGGAAGUUUACUAUAGUGGGGGAAAAGUGAUUUGUUUUGUAUAACAUGGCCUCUUUUUGUUUUUAAAUAGUAUUGUGUACUAUCUCAAGCCCCAUUUCUACCUGGUGCUAACAUGGGUCCUGAUCUUGACUACAUUCUGAUUUUUCCCACAUUUCCAGAAAUGUCUUGUUAUCCAUCCAAUGUGUCUGCAUUGUGCCUGCACUGGUCCCUUUAUGAAAAUUAUUUCACAGCUAUUCUUUCAAAAAUAAUAUUUAUUUAUUGUAAGACACAUAUUGAUGUAAUCAGUCAAUUGUGCCACCCUGUCAAUGAUUUUAAAGGGCAGAAUGAAGAUUUAAAUGGUGUCUCUGUCCACACAAUGUGUGUCUGACUACCUCCAGAGGUGGGCAAGAUGAUCUGAUCACAAUGAGUUUGAUUGUCUACACCAGUCUGAAAAUGUGGGCACAAUCAGAAUGUAGACAAGAUCAGGACAAAGGACGCAAGUUAAAACCAGGUAUAAACAGGGCUAUUGAGUGACAGACUGACUGUAGAAUAGAUUGCUGAGUGGGAACCAUAGAACCAUAUGAUAGGUGUUGCUUUGAAAUAGUGAAUGACUAACAGUGUAGAAUAGCUAGUAUGAAAGGAUAUCAACACUCUUUGGGGCUGGACCCUGAAAUAUUCACUUCAUAGUAUCACAUAUAAACCAUUACACCACCUGAGACUGUGAUAGCUAGCUGUGCUUAAUAAGAUUAGCUGAAAUGAUCUAGCCUGAUCCCAGAUCUGUUUGUGCUGUUUUGACGACUCUUAUUUGGACAAUAUGAGUUGGCAAAACAGAUUUAGGUCCCAGGCUGAAAAGUAUGAGGUAGGUGCAGAGUAGCCAUGGAAUCAUGUAACCAUGGAAUCAGCUUGUACACACUGGAACAGCUGUAAAGUUCUAGAACGUUGGAACAGGCAUCAUGAUUCAUCUCAUAUAGAACACUGCUUAUUAAGAUAGACUGAAGAUCAGUACCAUUUGUCUGUUUUAAUGUACCAUGUGUGCUUACGUAAUAAACUUGACAACCUCAGGGUGUGGUUAUUAGAACAA